AAUGUUAUCAGUUUGAAAACGGAGAACAAUAUAUUUAUUACCGGCGUUUAAGAGUAAUGACGCAAACUUUAUCUCGUCAUUGUGCACUUAAGAGUUACAUAAAUUUUAUCUUAUAUAAGAUAGUGUUAGUGAAGUUCUUUAAAAUGUGGUUGCGCAUGAUCGAGUAGCGUUUCAGGUUUCAAAGAACAGUAUAGGCCUUAUUGCGUUUGCCAAUGGGAGAAAUCAUGUGACGUUUAUGUGAUACAUUAUAUUACCAUAUAUAGCGAGUUCACGAUAAUUUACAAACCAGUUAACCAAAGUGUGCCAUGGUUUUCAUAUAGAGUAGUAAAAUCGAAAAGAAAAUACGCUGGUGCUUGAGUGAUUUAGGUUAACUUUUUUUUUAAAUAAAGUUUAACCAAACAUGAAUGCAGCUAUUGCAAUUGCAUGCGUUUUCAUCGGUUGUUGCAGCAAUGUUGUUUUUCUGGAGCUUCUUGUAAAAGAAGAUCCUGGUAGUGGAAAUCUUAUUACAUUUUCACAAUUCCUUUUUAUUUCAUUCGAAGGAUUUUUAUUUACUUCAAAAUGUGGGACUGUAAAACCCAAUAUAGGAAUAAAAGAUUACUUUGUAUUAGUAACAAUGUUUUUCCUGACAAACGUUUGCAACAAUUAUGCAUUUGAUUUUAAUAUACCUAUGCCAUUGCAUAUGAUAUUCAGAGCUGGUUCCUUGAUAGCAAAUAUGAUUAUGGGUAUUAUUAUUUUAAAGAAAAAAUAUGUAUUCAGCAAAUAUUUAUCAGUGUUAAUGAUUACUCUUGGAAUUGCAAUUUGUACAAUUAUUAGUAGUAAAGAAAUAAAAUCACUACAAGCUAAAAAUGUUGAACAAGUACCUACAACUCCAUGGGAAGAUUUCUUUUGGUGGGCAUUAGGUAUAUCAUUAUUAACAAUUGCAUUAUUUAUUUCUGCUAGAAUGGGUAUUUACCAAGAAGAAUUACAUAAAAAAUAUGGAAAAAAUGCAAUGGAAGCAUUAUAUUAUACGCAUUUAUUGCCCCUGCCAUUCUUUUUAACAUUAAUUCCCAAUAUUUGGGAACACUUUGCAUAUGCAGUUACUUCAGAACCACUGAAGAUAUCAAUGCUCAAUAUGCAUGUGCCAAAAUUAAUUGUAUAUCUUAUUGGAAAUGUCCUUACACAAUACAUGUGCAUUAGUUCUGUGUUUGUAUUAACAACAGAAUGCACAUCUCUUACAGUAACGCUAGUAUUAACACUACGAAAAUUUUUAUCAUUAAUUUUCUCUAUAAUAUACUUUCAAAAUCCUUUCACAAUCUACCAUUGGAUUGGUACGAUCCUAGUCUUUGUAGGAACUGUGAUAUUUACAGAAAUAGUACCAAAGAUUGCAGAAAGUUUACGCCCUAAAGAAGAAACAAAGAAGGUCCAAUAAUAAAUGAUAAUAUGGAUAAAACAAGCAUAAUAUUUUUAAAACUUUUAAAUUAUACUUUAUUCACAAUUGUAUGUUAUACAGAAUUAAUU